AUGAAUAGUUCUUCGGAUAAUCAAGUUUCAUUUAUUUUAAACAUUAACAAGUAUGUUAUUCAGGACGUAGAUACGGUGAUAAAGUCGGAGAAACCGGUUGCUGCAAUUCCCGACAAUCUGUCCGUGCCAUUUCAGAAGAGUACCAGUACUACUAGUACAACAUCAUCAACUACCAAGUCUCCUGUCCUUUCGCCCUCUUCGACGUCAACGGGUACUGCACCACCUUCCACUUCCACUUCCGCAGAUGCUCAGCAGCAGUCCUACGAUUCUGUUUUUCCUGUCAAGUUGACUGUUUCAUGCGCUAACAACGCUUAUCUGGUGUACAAAGAAAUUUUGAAAAUUGUCUCUUCAGAUGAAGAAUUAUUUAAACUAAAUUUAAAUAUUAAAAAGGAUAUCGAACUUAUCAAUUCUUCGAUAAUAAUAUGCCUCGCUACCAAGGUAACCGCUCAGAAGCUAUACCAACUACUUCACGAUAAAUAUAGUGACCAGUCGACUGACAUAUCGUUGAAGUUCAACUACGAUCUGUGUAUCUCGCACCCUGGAAAUAUCUUCAUUAAGAAUUUAUCCACAAAUUUGAUAACUGAACAGAAUUUAUUUGAACACUUCCAACAGAACUCCAAAUAUAAUUCUUUGAAUAGUGUCAAGUUAUUCCCACAGGACAACAAUGAAUCGUUUGCAUUUUUGAAUUUCGACAACCACUUGGAUGCUGAUUAUUUGAUUCUGAAUUCCAGCGAAGAGGCUGAGAGCAACCCAUUCCACCACGAUUCAAGAAGAAAUAUCUAUAUCAAUAGAUAUAUUUCCAGAAGGGAAAGAAAAUUGAGGCAGCAGUCUAAGGACUUUGUGAAUGACGAAUUGGAAAUGAAUUUCAAUGGCAUAUCAAUCACUUCUCCUCCCGUAUCCCCACCUGCUGGUUUGCAGACAAGUGCUUCAACCGCUCUGCACACUGGUGCGGGAAACAACGCUAAUAGCAGUACAUCUUCCAACAACCAUGACUACAGUACAAUAUUCAUUGAGAACUUGGGUCAAUUUAUAACUGAAGUAAAUCCAUCUAUCGAAUCUAUUGAAAGAGUAUUGAAUAAAUUUGAGAUCUUUGGUGAGAUAUCCUCUGCUUUCUUCCCAUUGGUACCGGUGGAAGAUAGCAAUGGUGCACAGGAUGGCACCUCUGACUUUAAGCUUGCGAAUUUUGGAUAUAUUGAUUUUGAGUACAGCGAGAACAACGUAAACAGCUUGAAGGCAUUGUAUUAUUUAUCGGAUUUGACCACGACUGAGUUCUUCAAGUUCACAAAGAAAGAUGUGUACGAUAUUAAAGAUGACAUGCUAUUAGUCAAGGAAGAUAUAGAUGAAGUAACUGUUCCGGCAGCUGCAAAAGAUAUAGAGGACUUGGUCACUGUUGAAAAUGCAUUUGCGGACGAAGAUGACGAUCAGUUUGACUUGAGUGAUGGUGAUGAUGGUACUCCUUGUACUGGAGACUCCCAGGGCUCUACUUCCACUGCAGCCACAUCUGUUUCUAUUCAAAAUGGUAGUAAUGAUUAUAUUGGUGCUAGUUCCGUAAAACUUCAAUUGUCAAUUGGUCAACAUAAACACAAUUCGAACUUAUAUCAAUACAACCCUGAACAAUUUGUGUUUACUACAGGACUUAACUUCGACAAGACUUCGUCAAUUGAAACAAUGUCACCACAAUUACAUAAUACAAUUUUGAACAAAUUUCUCAAGAAGUCCAACUACCAAGAAACUAACAUCUACGUAAACAACUUUCCUAUUUUAUUUGAGAAUGACGACCAACUAUGGGAAUCAUUCUGGAUGCAAUUCGGGAGCAAUGAUUCUCCAAAUAAAGGAAUUAAAUCGGCAAGAAUCAUCAAGCCUCAAUUUUAUUCUGGAAAGAAUGGAAAGGAUAAUGCGUCCAUUAAUUCCAAUACUCUGGUCGGUAAGAUAGGAUUUGUAUUUUAUCAAGAUUUCAAAAUGGCUCUUCGUGCCAUUUUGUUGACCAAUAACAAGAGCAUUGCUAAAAAUGAUGAUAACGAAGAUCAUAAAAUAAGCAUUCUGACUUCUUUUGCAUUACAAAAGAGCAGCCAUAACAAUAGCCACAAUAACAACCAUUCGGGUAUGCCUGUCAUGAAUGGUGGUAAUAGCAGUGGAAGCUUUAGCUAUGGUAGUAACAACGGUAACAAUGUGCAUUAUUUCAACUCUUUGCCAGCUUAUAAACGGUUUAGUUUACCAACUCUGUUGCCCAAUGGAGCUUCCAACUCAGCAGUGGUAGCAGCAGCUACAGCCGCAGCAGCGGCGGCGUUGCAGCAGCAUCAACAACAACAGCAGCCCCAUCUCCCACGUCAGGAUUCAAUGAUGAACUGGCAGUCACUUGUUCCACCUACUGACUACCAGAACUAUUAUUACCAUCCAUAUGUCAAUUUUACGUACGGAUAUCCACAUGGGUUUUUAUCUAGUAGAAUGUCAUUCGAAGAUAGAUCACCUGGAGGGCCCGAAAGCGAGGAGUACAGCGAAGCAUUGGAAACUAAUUCUCCCCCCAAUGGGCUUUAUGCACCUUAUUUUCAAUCUCCUCCUGUUUCUUCGCCAAUUUUCAAUGAAGCCUACAUAGACAAUUCUAAUGUUCCUCAACAUCAUCCUAUUAUGUAUGGGCCACCUGGAAUUCCACCAUCGGCACAAGGACCUCCACCACAUAUGGUCCCAAUUUAUCCAUACUACAGUCCAACUGGUGGUGUCAAUCAAAACACCAAACCAGUCUCUGGAAAAAACACUAGACUGAGAGAGAAAGAUUGA